CACAAGACAUAAUAAAGCGCGAAAAAAGAAACCUUGCUUCCAUCCCCCACCCAACUAAUCCUCUUCAUCCCACUCCACGGGCGGCGGCGAUCAACUAAUCGGACCCUCUCCGGCGACCACGCCUCCCUUUCCACCGCCACCUCGCUUCCUCGUCUCGUCGGAGUAAUGGCUCUGUCUUCACCUCAACGGAUUGCUCUCAUCGUCUCUUUCUUUGGCCUUCUGGCGUUCGUACUUGGUGUCAUCGCAGAAAAUAAAAAGCCUCCUUACGGAACUCCUAUCCAAGGGAAGGAUGCUAUCGUCUGCAAGUUCCCAAAUGACCCAACUAUUGCCAUGGGAAGCCUGUCCCUUGUGGCACUUGUAUUAGCUGCUAUUGUAGGGCAUGUUGCUAUCUUUCAUCCGUACUCGGGCCAGUCGGUUCCUCGCGGAGCAUUGUUUCAAAGCACCAGCUUGUCUGUGUUCUUCGUUGUUGCUGAGCUUGUUUCAGCCCUGGCUUUUGCAAUGUUGAUCUGGGCAACGGUCACAGAGAGCCUUCACCGCACCAAUAACAUCCACCAUGACAUGGAUUACCAGUGCCCUACUGCAAAGACCGGUCUAUUUGGUGGCGCUGCUUUCCUUGCCCUUGACGCCUCUCUCUUCUGGCUUGUUUGCCAGAUGCUGGCCCUCAAUGCAAGGGCUGACUAUCUAGAUGAGGAUGACAACAAGGGUGAAUAUGGCCAAGUUUUAGCUGCCGAAGUCGAUGGCUUGAAGGUCUGAGCCCAUGAGGCCAUACUCUUCAGGGUUUUAUGAUUAGUGUCACUUGGCUAUAUUAUGUCGUCAGCAAAGUUGCUUUAGCUCUCUUAAUUUGUAUAUACUUACACCGGUUGCAAAGUGCGUAUGUAAGGCCGUUGCUCAUUCAGCAUUUUCAGAUUUAGGUGUCAAUAAACUUCAUUCUUAAUACAAUUGGUUUGCUACUUCCCCAAGUGAAGUUAAUCUAACUUAUUAUCAUUGUGGUA